CAUUUGCUCGGCCACUUCGCGCGAGGUGAUUACCGAUUCCGAACUCGCCCGGCUGCCCCCAACUCAAGUGUCGGACCACGAGUGGCAAAAGUCCCAACUUGAUUCUCUCCAUGGAAGCCAAGCGUGAGUUGGUGUCGCCUGCCGUGCCCCGGCGCGCAGUGGAGCCGCCGUCGUCCUACAGGACCCUGCAGCAGCCCUCCCAUAUGGCCGAGUACGAGGCCGCAGGUCUCGGCCUCUCCCCACGGAGGCAGGACCUCGUCUGGGCUCCAGUUUGGGACCGGGACUCCUCUUCGGUUCCCACCGCCAGCUACUACGAAGCCACCCCGUGGUGGGGAGCGAUCCCCCACACUGUCAGACCUUUGGGGCCGGCACGGAGCGGCCUCCGGCUCAACACUCCGCCGCCGAUCAUGUGCACGAGCCCGGCUCCUCCCAAUCGAGCCGACCCCUUCCCGCGCGGGCCGCACGCCUUCAGAGUCUUGGGCGGCCCCGCGCCGAUGCCGUGCUGCAACGGUCACCCGGGACGGGCGGUUGUCCAGCUGAGCGCCGAGGAGGACCUGGCCGUCACGUGUCUCCUCAAACUGGGCUACCGAGACCCCGAAGACCCUCAGGUGGGCUGGGCGGUCUUGGCUCCGCCCUGCGGUCCGAGUGGCGCGGGAUGGCUGGAAUUCAGGCGACCGGAUGACGUGGAGCAUUACGAGGAGUUCCUGCUGCCCAUUCCGCUGACCGAGGAACAUCCCUGA